ACUGUGCCUGCAAAUCCAACUUAAGAAUACCAGUAAAAAAAUAACUGCAUACAUCUCUUUUUUUUUUUUUUUUACCAAAUACCACUUUAUUGCAGGUUUCAGGAAGCACAGCCACACUAUAACAGUGAGUUAAAGGACAUUUGGAGGUGAUUGUGUGGUAACUCAAUCUAGUCUGAGUUGUGCUACAGACUGUCCAGGUCUGAAAGCAGCUUUGUUCUCGUGCGUCAGCCCAGCACCCUCCCCAGAAAUAACCACACACUUCUACUCCUACUGCAAAAUGUGAACAGAUAGAGAUUUUUUUAAAUACAUGGCACAAUACUGCAAACUACACACAAACUUAAGUCUUGAUCCUCAGAGUUGAGUGAGCCAAAAAAGAUGUUGGUCCUCUGAGCAGGUGAGAAACUGCACCUUCAAAACACUGCUUUAAUGAGGUAAAAACAAUAUCCUCAAUAAUUCAUUCAUCAUAGGACAGUGGUUUAAGUCAUGCUACACCGCUGCCUCACUACACUCAGCUUUUGACCUUGCCCUGUGACCUCCUCAUUUCAUUAAAUGUGUUGACAUGUUGAACAUGCUGCAUAUCUCUUUGGUGCAUGGAAGGAGGGCAGAUUAUGCGACUAUCAGAACAGGGGUGGUACAUUUUUACUCAAGGUGUAGUUUGGGAGACCUGAGCUACCAGCUGCUUCCAGUCCUUCUGGAGAGAAGGUGACUUGAAAUCACUGAUGUUUGCUGAUGCCAGUAACAGCAAGAACUGAUUCUGGAUUCUUGAAAGUUGUAAUUUGGUGAGCGUCCAGCAGAGGUCAGCCAUGCCUCACAUCAACACCACUGAGCUGCAGUCGCUCUUGCUCUCCUUACUGCAGCAUUGCCUCAACAGCACAAGUGUACUGUCUCCACUGAUACCUCAGAACUACACCACCCAGCAGGCUGUGCACUACGUGACUGGAGCCAGGGCCCACGCUCAGUCUCAGGGAAUCAUGUAUAUCCUUCUCGUGGUUGGUAUGUUCAGCUUCUUCACGUUCGGCAUCAUGCUCAGCUACAUUCGCUCGAAGAAGCUGGAGAGCUCUCAUGAUCCGUACCACCAGUACAUCGCCCACGACUGGACCAAGGUGAUGACUCCGACCAGAGCCGUCGCUCAGGCUCUGCACAGGGAGGUCGCAGCGAACGGAGCCGGAGGCAAGGAGCCAGUCAUCAUCUGCAACCCUGCAACACUGGAUCAGCUGCCGAACUAGAAUGAGACAUUUUCCAGAUUCAAAAAUGUAACAGCCCCAACACA